AUGGCAACCCACUCCAAAGUCGCCGAAGAGAGCAAAACAAAGAGAGCAAAGCUGCCAGGGCCGCUACCAGAACACAAGCUGCUACAAGCCAGGCCAAAGCCACCAGGAGCUCAACCAGGGACGACAGCCAAGUCAAAGCCAACACCUGAGCCAAAGCGUCCUGCCGCCAAGCAGAUGCCGACAAGACCACCUGAGCCAAAGGACCCGCCCAAGCCGAAGCCUCUGCCACCCAACGCAGCCCCGGUGACCACACCUGCCACAGAAGGAGUGCCUGAGCCAAAGGACCCGCCCAAGCCGAAGCCUCUGCCACCCAACGCAGCCCCGGUGACCACACCUGCCACAGAAGGAGUGCCAGAGCCAACACAGCCACCUGCCACUGCCGGGGACAACAGCACGACAGGGAAAUGGGCUUGGACACAACACCAAUGGCAUGAUUGGAGAUCUUCAUCGGUUUCAUCGUCUUGGAGAGAUGGUGGUGCAAUCAGCAGCCAAGACCAUAGGCAGAAAUGGUUCGACCAAGCCGAAGCAGAGCAGCAAAAGGCUGAGGAGGAGUGGCAACACAAGAAGGAGCUCAUGCAGCAGCAGCAACAGGCAGAUGAGAAGCUAAGGUGGGAGGAGAGGCAGCAGAGAGAAGCACAGGACGCAGAGAGAAAGAAGGCUGAGAUUGCACAACAACAAGCCUAUCAGGCCUAUCAAGCGCAGCAGCAUGCACAGCAACAAGCCCAACAGGCAUACCAAGCCCAGUUGGAAGCCCAAGCACAAGCUGAGGUGGCAAACCAGUCAGCCAUGGCCUAUGUCACUACCCAACAGAUGCUGCAACAACAAUACCAGCAGCAGCAGCAAUGUCAGCAGCAAGUGCAGUCCCAACAGCAAUGUCAGCAGCCACAAGCAGAGUCCCAGCAACAGGCACACCAACAAUACAUGGAAGAGACGCAGGAGUACCAAAGGCGGCCAUACUCAGGAAACCGGCACAACUGGCCAAAGCAGAACAGAAGAGAUGAAGGGAGGUACAAGGCCGGGUUGAUGAGAGAACAGGCGCUGCAAAAGGAAAAGGCAGCGCUUGAGCAAAGGUUGCAGGCCACUGAACUUCAAGUGGAAGUCGAGAAGGUGAAAGUUCAGGAACAAGUGGACGCAAAAGAACGACUGAGAGAAGAGAUCACAGCACUCCAACAGGAGGCCCAGAGCUUGUCACAAAAGAAUGCAGCACAGCAUCGAGAACUACUCCAGAAAGACCAAGACAUUGAGAAGGGACGAGCAAAGAGACAGGUCCUGCGGGAGCGAAUCGUGCAGCUGGAGGCCAAGGUCCAGAAGAAAAAGACGCAGCUGAAGGAAGCAGCAGAAGCCAUGGCACAGGCAACUGCAAAAGCCACAGAGGAGGUCCAAGAGGAGCAGAAGCCACGGAAGAGCCAAAAAAGGCAGGAGCCCAAAGCGCCCAAAGAAAGUGCAAAGAAAGUGAAGACGGUCUGA